CCAAAGCAAUAUACUCACUCCCACUACGUACACUCAUACACGUGCGACACGUACGCAUGCAAAUAAAACGAUUCGCUACUACUACUGCAACUAUUACUACAUGGCUCAAGAGAACUCAGAGGCUUCUUCCUCAGUUACAUUAAUCUCAUCUAGUAGAGGAACCAACAACAACAUUAGUAGUAGUUGGUGGGAUAUGCAUGGGAACUCCUCCUCCUCCUCCUCCUCCCUCUCCUCAUGUAGCAACACCACCAUGAAUAACAAUAGGUCGUCGUCGUCAUCAUCAUCAUCAUCAUGGCAACAACUACUGCACCGCCCGGAUCAUCGCCACGGCAACCCCUGCGGACACGUCGGCAUCGACAUGGCAUCGCAGGGGCCUCUCAAGUUGUCCAGCGAGGCCGGAGAGUCCCACUUGUGGAACCAAGUUCUCUUAAAUGCUGGAAGUAGUAUGAACAUGCAGAACACCCAUGGUGGAGAGAAUUUCCUUGAAAACCUUAGUUCCAAAAGCUUAUCAUCGGAGAUGUUCGACCCGGCCUACGAUUACUUGAAGAAAAUGGACAGCACCUGGGAGUUCAAUACAAAUGCACCAUCUCUCAACACCUUGCAAAAAGAGCUUAUGAGAAGCUACGACGGAACCAUGCUUGAGCCCGAGCGGAUGACCAACUUAUCGAACUUGGUUAUCAAUUGGUCUAUAGCUCCUCCCGACCCUCAAAUCGAUCAUCGAAUCGCGCCACCUUCGUGCGAAGUUUCUAUGGAUAAUCCUUCAGUUCAUUCUCAAUACUUGGCACCAAGUAUUUCUCACAUCGAGCACGAGGUUAUUCCUCAUUCGCAAUUGGAUUCUUGCAAUGGAAUGAUCGACGGAAGCACGAGUUACAAAGAAGAUAGCCAUCAUCAAGAGUUUGGAUACCAAAUUGGUCUCAACAAUUCAAUUCUAGGACUCAAUAACAAGCUUUGUAGUGGAUUAAUGACCGAUAUCCCGUGGUCGAACACGAGGAGUUUGUCGGAUUUUAUAUCUUUUAGUGGGUGUUUAAGCAAACCGGAGGUCGAACUAAGAGGCCCGAGUAAUCCCUAUGGGAAAAUAUCAGAUCCAUUUGAGAAGAAGAAACAAGGAUUAGAAACUUCAUCGACAAGGGUGAAUAAUAGGGGCAGCAGGACGACGAGUGACGGGAAGAAGAAACGGUCAGAAGAUAGUUCAGAAACACUUGCCAAGAAGAUUAAAAGCGAGAGCCCGACCGCAACAUCUCUCAAGUUGCAGGUGCCCAAAGUCAAGCUAACAGAUAAAAUUACUGCAUUACAGCAAAUUGUGUCACCUUUUGGAAAGACUGAUACAGCAUCAGUACUACUUGAGGCAAUAAAGUAUAUCAAAUUCUUGCAUGAGCAAGUACAGUUAUUAAGUGACCCAUACAUGAAGCCAAGCCCUACCAAGGAUAAUGCAUGGGGAGGGUUGGAUAUAAGGAAGGAAAUGGCAGAAAUAAAGAUUGACAGCCUAAGGAGUAGAGGGCUCUGCUUAGUUCCCAUUUCUUGCACUCCUCAAGUCUACAAAGAGAGCAGUGGCCCAGAUUACUGGACUCCACCUUACAGGAGCUGUUCAUAUAGAUGAUCUUUAAAUCGCAUAUAGUUAAUUGGCCUGGGUUGUAAUAGUAAAGUAUUAGAACUUGAUAUUGAAAAAUAGAUUCAUUAAAUCUGAUUAUAAUUGACUGAUUGAAUUUGACUAGAUUCGACAAAUGUAAUAUGCCAUUCUUAUCA